UUAGAGUCCUCCCCCCAACUUAUGAUUUUAUAGCCAAUAGGUGAUGAGGCUUAUUUGCAUAUUUCCAGUCACUUAAACAGCUGUGCAGUGGAAACAGUGUCAGACUCUCGAUUUCUCCUCCUCCUCCUCCUCCUCCUCCGAGGAAUUCUGCCCCUUGUAACUGUUCUGCCCUCCCCUUUAAAGGUUGACUUGCCCUGCGGCGCUCCACCGCGCUCCAGUCCUCUGGCGCCUCCUGCUCAACCCGCGCCUGACUGCCCGCGCCUCGUAGUUCCAGCCGCAAAGCAGAAGGGUGCGCCGGGAGAUGGAGAGCAAAGCCCUGCUCCUGGUGGUCCUGGGAGUUUGGCUCCAGAGUUUGACCGCCUUUCGAGGAGGGGUGGCCGCAGCAGACGUGGGAAGAGAUUUCGCAGACAUCGAAAGCAAAUUUGCCCUAAGGACCCCUGAAGACACAGCUGAGGACACUUGUCAUCUCAUUCCUGGGUUACCAGACUCUGUGUCUAACUGCCACUUCAACCACAGCAGCAAGACCUUCGUGGUGAUCCACGGAUGGACGGUAACGGGAAUGUAUGAGAGUUGGGUGCCCAAACUUGUGGCUGCCCUGUACAAGAGAGAACCAGACUCCAAUGUCAUUGUGGUAGACUGGUUGUAUCGGGCCCAGCAACAUUAUCCAGUGUCAGCUGGCUACACCAAGCUGGUGGGAAAUGAUGUGGCCAGAUUCAUCAACUGGAUGGAGGAGGAGUUUAACUACCCCCUGGACAACGUCCACCUCUUAGGGUACAGCCUUGGAGCCCACGCUGCCGGCGUGGCAGGAAGUCUGACCAACAAGAAGGUCAAUAGAAUUACUGGCUUGGAUCCAGCUGGGCCUAACUUCGAGUAUGCAGAAGCCCCCAGUCGCCUUUCUCCUGAUGACGCUGAUUUUGUAGAUGUCUUACACACAUUUACCAGGGGGUCACCUGGUCGAAGUAUUGGGAUCCAGAAACCAGUAGGGCAUGUUGACAUUUAUCCCAAUGGAGGCACUUUCCAGCCAGGAUGCAACAUUGGAGAAGCCAUUCGUGUGAUUGCAGAGAGAGGUCUCGGAGACGUGGACCAGCUGGUGAAGUGCUCGCAUGAGCGAUCCAUUCAUCUCUUCAUUGACUCCCUGCUGAAUGAAGAAAACCCCAGCAAGGCGUACAGGUGCAACUCCAAGGAAGCCUUUGAGAAAGGGCUCUGCCUGAGUUGUCGAAAGAAUCGCUGUAACAAUCUGGGCUAUGAGAUCAACAAGGUCAGAGCCAAGAGAAGCAGCAAGAUGUACCUGAAGACUCGCUCUCAGAUGCCCUACAAAGUGUUCCAUUACCAAGUCAAGAUUCACUUUUCUGGGGCUGAGAAUGGCAAGCAACACAACCAGGCCUUUGAGAUUUCUCUGUACGGCACGGUGGCCGAGAGUGAGAACAUUGCCUUCACCCUGCCCGAGGUUUCCACAAAUAAAACCUACUCAUUCUUGAUUUACACGGAGGUGGACAUCGGAGAACUGCUGAUGAUGAAGCUGAAGUGGAUAAGCGACUCCUACUUCAGCUGGCCCGACUGGUGGAGCAGCCCCAGCUUUGUCAUCGAGAGGAUCCGAGUGAAAGCCGGAGAGACUCAGAAAAAGGUCAUCUUCUGUGCUAGGGAGAAAGUAUCUCACCUGCAGAAAGGAAAGGACUCAGCAGUGUUUGUGAAAUGCCAUGACAAGUCUCUGAAGAAGUCUGGCUGACCCUGGACAAACCAACAAGAGAAGAAAGCAUCUGAGUUCUUUGAAGACAGAAGAAAACAAAGUAAAUUUAAUUUAAAAAAAUACCCUUGUUUGGGUGUUUGAAAGUGGGUUUUCCUGAGUAUUAAUCCCAGCUCUAUCUUGUUAGUUAAACAGAAGACAGUCUCAAAUAUUUGGCUAACCCAGGGUGAGGAAUCUAAUGGCCCGUAGCAGGUCUUCCAGUAUCAGAAGACAGCAGGCAGGAGAAACAUGCUGUCUUAUAUCCCUUAAGGAGGAAUCAUUUGUUUCCAACAAUAUAAGAUUCCUUCAUAUGACCCAUUUGGUCAUGGUCUAAAAUCAGUAAGGGCUUCUUAUUUUUAUUAGAACUCUGAGGUUUUAAAUUGAGACCUUUUCAAAGUUUUCUCAAAGUCUAAUAUGGACAAUGUUUUUUUGUGGCAUGAGUCAGAUCCAUUUCUUUAGUGGUCAAAACACCUGGCCUUUGUAACUAGUUUUUUUACCAUUGGGAUAUGUCUCCCCC